UGAUCAUUUGUUUUGAUAGCUUACAAGUGCUGCUGGCUCUGCGCAUUGUGCACAAUUCACCAUAAAAAGCAGAUAAACUCCCUGAAUGUGUAUGAUCAAGACAAGAGAGAAAUACACCUAUCUAGCCUCUGAUGACUAUUGUUAAACCAUGUGUCAGUUGCUGUAACCGUCGUGUACGUAUGUCUAUUAAUGUUUUGUUUUGGACAGAAACAUGAACUAGCAUAUUGUCUACCUACUCAUAAACAUAUGGUAGUCCUUUUACUGCAGGGAUUUCACUGAUGCAACACAUAGGCCUAGACAUUUUCUGAUGAUGAAUCUAAAACAAUUCUAAACAAGUUGUUAAAGAUAAUUGAUAUUGAUAGGCAUUCCCUCAGAUCACACAUGUAGGAAACAAAUGUGUUGUACAUUUUUUUAAGGACUGGGUGAAAAAUAACCAGAAAUGAACUAAGUUUCUCUUAUGUGUUUCAUCUGUAAAAACGGAUGCCAUUGUUUGCAGGGAUUUUGUCAUCUGUAAUAAUUAACUUUCCACUGAAGAAAAGAGAAGCAGUGUUCAGAACAUCCUGUUAAUGACUCAUAAAAGGGAUAAGCAUCAACCUGUGUACUUUCCAAGAAAAAUAUAAACAUCUCAGAAAUAUCAAUUGUAUUGAUAUGUUUUUGUCUCUUGAGCGAAUAUUUAACCAUAUAGAGUCGAGGAGGAAUGUUACAAGAGUCACAGAGGAUGUCAACCAUCCCUCUGUCUGUCCCAUUCAUGAUGGAAUACUUUGCAAGUCAAUGGCAACCCACGGUUGACGUAACCCAUAGAAACAAACAGAAGUUUCCAGUUGUAUGUACGGGAUACACAUGGGAUACACUGUCCAACAAAAUGCUUACUUGCAGGUUCCUUCUCGACAAUGCAACAACAGUAAGAAAUAAUAAAAGAUCAGAAUGUAAAGAACAUUUAAAAAACUCUAGGUCAAUGUGUGAGUAUGUGUGGUGGUAACAAUGGGAGAAGGGACAAAACAGUGUGAUUGUGAUUAGCUCCUUGUGUCUGUGGUCGCCGUUACUGACAACUCUCAGGUCAAUCACCUCUAGUCGACCACACUGCUUCUACUCAAACAGUAUAAAUACCUUUUUAACCUGGCUGUACUUUCUCACAGCAGCCAAUGCCAGCUUGGAAACUAGACAGCCCAAAUACGCAUAUGCUUUGGCAUGAAAUCCCCAAUAAAUAGCUCUAGUGUGUCUAGUGCCUCACACUUGGGAAAGGGCACACAAGUUAUUUGUUAUGAUACUGAACAAAAAUGUAAAUGCAACAUUUUCGAAGAUUGACUGAGUUACAGUUCAUAGAAGGACAUCAGUCAAUUGAAAUAAAUGCAUUAGGCCCUAAUCUAUGGAUUUCACAUGACUGGGAAUACAGAUAUGAAUCUGUUGGUCACAUACCUUCAAAAAAAAGUAGGAGCGUCAAUCAGAAAACCAGUCAGUAUCUGGUGUGACCACAAUUUUCCUCAUGCAGCGUGACACAUCUCCUUCAUAUAGACUUUAUUAGGCUGUUGAUUGUGGCCUGUGGAAUGUUGUCCCACUCCUCUUCCAUGGCUGUGCUAAGUUGCUGGAUAUUGGUGGGAACUGGAACAGGCUGUUGUACACAGAUCCAGAGCAUCCCAAACAUGCUCAAUGGGUGACAUGUCUGGUGAGUGUGUAGAGAUCCUAACAACAUGGGUCCGUGCAUUAUCAUGCUGAAACAUGAGGUGAUGGCGGCAGAUGAUUGGUAAGACAGUGGGCCUCAGGAUCUCAUCACGGUAUCUUUCUCUGCAUUCAAAUUGCCAUUGAUAAAAUGCAAUUGUGUUCAUUGUCUGUAGCUAAUGCCUGCCCAUACCAUAACCCCACCGCCACCAUGGGGCACUCUGUUCACGACGAUGACAUGAGCAAACCGCUCACCCACACAAUGCCAUACACACGAUCUGCCAUCUGCCCGGUACAAUUGAAACCAGGAUUCAUCCAUGAAGAGCACACCUCUCCAGCGUGCCAGUGGCCAUCAAAGGUAAGUAUUUGCCCACUGAAGUCGGUUAUGUUGCUGAACUGCAGUCAGGUCAAGACCUUGGUGAGGACGACGAGCACGCAGAUGAGCUUCCCUGAGACAGUUUCUGACAAUUUGUGCAGAAAUUCUUUGGUUGUGCAAACCCACAGUUUCAUCAGCUGUCUGGGUGGCUGGUCUCAGACGAUCCCACAGGUGAAGAAGUAGGUUGUGAGCUGUUGUGAGGCCAGUUGGACAUACUGUUAAACUAUCUAAAAACAACGUUGGAGGCGGCUUAUGGUAGAGAAAUUAACAUUCAAUUCUCUGGCAACAGUUCUGGUGGACAUUCCUGCACUCAGCAUGCCAAUUGCACACUCCCUUAAUACUUCAGACAUCUGUGACAAAACUGCACAUUUUAGAGAGGCCUUUUAUUGUUCCCAGUGCAAGGUGCACCUGUGUAAUGAUCAUGCUUUUUAAUCAGCUUCUUGAUAUGCCACACCUGUCAGGUGGAUGGAUUCAGGUGGAUGGAUUAUUUUGGUAAAGGAGAAAUACUCACAAACAGGGAUGUAAACCAAUUUGUGCACACAAUUUGAGAAGCUUUUUGUGCAUAUGGAACAUUUCUGGGAUAUUUUAUUUCAGCUCAUGAAACACUUUACAUGUUUUGUUUUUAUAUUUCUGUUCAGUGUAUUUGAUCAAGAAAUGCAAUUUGUGUAAUGUUGGUUAAGAAGAGUAACUUUUAUUUGAUCAAUCUUUUGCCACGAUUUGAGUGAAAAGUAGUAAUCCCAUUGAGGAACAAAGGUCGAUUCUAUUAACUCCUAAUUUAACUGUCAAAGGAACAUGUUCAUACAGGUCUAGAUGGCAUUUUGAUGUGCUUUUAGCCAGCAGCCUACGCCACAUGCAGUACAAUGCAGUAGACUGGAGUUGCGUGACACUGGUUUGUUGAGGCCUGAAAGGAGAUAUGGUUCUAAUCCCCUGGAUGUGGGGAUUGGUGGAGCUCCCCUGCUUUGUGGUUUCUCCUCAUAAAAGCAGCUUUGAUAGGGGCUGAAUCUGCUUUUGGUUCCAAUACCUUUCAUGGGAUUGUGUGUGUGUGUGUGUGUGUGUGUGGAAAAAAAAUCAACCCAUUCCAUUAGUAAAGGCUUUCAAAGCAUUUUUAUGUGAGUUUGAGCUUAUAUACAGUACGUGCAUGCUUGGCAGUGGCAGACAUUCAUGCACUUGCAUAAAGAGUUUUUCCGCAGUUCUAAUCUUGUGGUUUUUGUAUGUGACCUAAGAACAAUUUCAAAGUUCUGUUUUUGAGACACACAUGCUUGCAAGAGCAGUUGCAGGCUGUUGCAUAAGCGUUUCAUUACCUCUGUAUUUUAAUUUAAACACACGAUACCAGUAUCGCGAUACUGCUAUACCUGAUUUUCCAUGGCAAAAAGGAAAACACAAGGCAGACUAAACUCGUUGUAGCUGGUGUAUCUAAACUGUUGUGUGCUAUAGCUUGGACAAUAAACAUGUGAUUCUGGGUGACAAUGUCAGGCUGCUUGUUUCCAAAUUCAGUCCACUUCAUGCUUUGUUUCCUUGUCACGAUACGUCUGAGUAUCACAAUAAUGGUAUCGUGACAACCCUAACACACACACACACACACUGUGUUUGUUGCUAAAUAUAUACUCUGGAUGCAUAAACCGCGUUGAAAUGUAGUUAUUUUGUGGUUACUACUAGACACUGAAAACACAACUUGACAUUUAGCAGGUUUUCAACAGAGGGAUUGACUACUGUAGCUCAGCGCUGACAACUGGAUCCCCUUGUGAAGACAUUACUCUAUUUCACAGUAAAACCCCAAAAUUACAUUCUGGUUAUUAGAUGGUUAUAGCUCAAUAUGAUUACUUUCCAUCUCCCUGUCUCUGUAUAACCACUUUGGUACUUGAGCUAACGUUUUUUUUUGGGGGGGGGGUAUAGAUUAGUUCCAGCCCAGUCAAGGAGCUAAAUCAGGGCUAUAACUAUCGCUGGAUUAGAGUGUAGGACAGAAAGGAGACCCGUGUCAUUAGGUUCCAGUACCAGCUUUAGAGUUGAUAUUCAUAGUGAUGCUGGAACUUGACGACCUCUACUCUCUCUUCUCAGUCAGCAGUUUACUGUGUGACGAUGAUGAUGGGCAGAGUUUUUCCUGACUCCAGGUUCUCGUGAUCUACCUCGAUUGGUUGAGAGUUGCACAUUGAGUGUCUAUUGUGCUGUAUGUAGCCUGUGCUUGGCUGCACACCACAUUGACUGGGUGGGUAGAGUUGUGCUUCCGGGGAAUGAGUUCCGUAUGUGUGCUGUUGCUGCCUGGGUACAGUAGAUGGAGGGGCCCCUAGCCUGGAGCCCACCUACAUUCACAAGUAUGUUUAUACUUUCAAAGGCGGCCAACAAAAUGCAUUCCCCUGGAUAAACAGCCAGGAUGCUGCUCCAGCCAGAGAACAAUAGACAAGCCAAUCACACUCUUUUAAUGAGAUGAUGCCACACUGUGCCAGAAGCACACAGUGGAAAUGAAUCAAUUUACAGGGAUUAACAGCAAUGAGGGUAGCAUGGUUAUUGGUUACAGCAGAGGUUAAGUGGGGGUACAGUACAGCCCUGAGUGAGGUUUUGUUGGGUGCUGAUUUGGGGGUUUGGGUAAGACGUGAGCUGUGUGCUGCACAGUGAUUUGGGCGGCACCUCUGCUGUGCCUUUGGCUUGUUCCGAGCUGUUAGGGAGAGGUGAGGUUGGAGAGACGUGCAUCCGAACAUUAACGUAACAACUUUGCUCUAUCUAAACUUUUGUAACGAGAGAGAGAAUUCAGGAAGUUUGUGUUUUGGAGAGGUACCAUAAUUACACUUAAGCAUCAGUUUGACAUCUUAAACUCUCAACGAAACGUCUAUUGUCUGAAUGGCAUGUUGACUGGACAUCAUGCUUGCCUCUUGGCUCAGACAGCAGCACUGAACAUAGUUGGCAAAGGAUUUAGAAUUUGCUAACUGAUUCCAGAAGCAGUAGCUACAGUGUAUGGCUUUGUGCUUCUGACUUUGGUCUCUAGGCAGAUGAUGGGACAGGACAGCAGAGUCCCUAUGCAGUGGCCUUCUUGCAGGGUCUCUCUGAUAGGUGUAACAAGUGAUCCAAUCCUGGAGCAGAGGUAUUUGACCCUCUGAUUACAUAGUCUAACCAGGUUGUCAUAUCCUAUACUGUGUUCUGCUGUACUGUAUGUGAGAAACUCUGAGAUGCAUACAGUACCCUUAGGUUGACAACACUGACUACAAGACUCCAUCCAUUUUAGAGUCAAUUGAAAUCAAAUGAACUUCAUGUAUGCGUCCUCUGGGACAGAGGUUGUUGUAUAGUGCAGACAGACAGUAGCCUCUCCUGUCUUGGACCACCAUGUUGGCUAGACUAGAGGCUCUCUGUGGGGUGAUUUAGUGAAGGGGAGCAGAGCGGUUCUGAUGUCUUGAGCAGUGUCCGUGCCCAGGUCCAGGAGACACAGAGGCGGUGUGACGCUCUCAGCUAACCCACUCACUUACACAACAUGCAGACAGGCCGGCUGGCUGACUGGCUUUGUUAGUCCCUUCUGAAGCAUACCACUAGGCUGCUGUGGGGGCUCAGUGGAAAAAAAGAUUUACAGCGACUGUAACACUUCGUAUCGCCUUGUCCCUCUAUGUAAUUAUCUGAAUGAGAAAGGGAAGUGGUGUACUAUUCCUUUUGCUACUUGUUGUGGAGACACCACCUACUCUUUCUAGCCAGGCUUUGCUCAGCUAUUGUCGCUGUGUUGUGUGAAUGCUGGGGGGAAUGGCACAGAACUCCUCGUGUGGGAGGUCCUGUUCUAGGUGUAUUGAGAGCCUGCAUCUUUGCCAGCUAAAUAAACUGUUUUCUAUAUUAGGUAGAGAGCACUAGUAGUGUAUCAGUAGUGGGAUCUCCCAGGACAGUCUGUUGACACCCACUCUUGCCUGAAGAAUGGAUUCUGCCAACUUACUUCCCUCUUCAACAUGUCAAAGACACUUCCCUCACCACCACUGCCGUACCUUCUCCUGAACUCAACGGGGACGGACCCGAGGACACGCAUGUACCCUGUGUUCUUUGGUGAGAGCAUCGAGGUCAACCCCAAACCUGAAACAGAGAUCAAGUGUAACUCUGAAGUGAAGUACGACUCAGACAGGCACUACCGGGACCAGGUGUACUGCGCUCCCGUUCCCACGGUGACUUCCUACAGCGAGAUGGUGGUGGCCGUGCAGAACUGCACCUGGCGGCGCUACAAGUCCCAGGUGUACCUAGAGCCCCGUCAGAGGCCCCUGCACUACCAAAGCACCACCAUUGUGUACCCCAAACAUGCCAAGAACACUUACCGCACCACACUCAACUACAACGCUACGGGUUCGCAGCGGUGGUUUGUCUCCACCGUCCAGCUGAAGUCCAGGGAGGACAGCAGCCCCUGCAUCAUCUACGCUGAGGACCUCUAAACCUGAUCUCAGACCUGACCUGCCUGGCCAUUCCUACUGUUGUGGAUUGGAUACACACAGAGGCUGACAGACAGGUGGACACACAGGAAGACUGAUAGACUGACACACAGAGGGUGGUAGUAUUGCAUACUGUAUAAGGAAUAUUGUAGGGGGGAGUACAUCGAAUCACAAAGGCCUUUAAUGAGUUGUCCUUCAUGUUAAUUUGUCUUGUGAGGCAGAGCGCUGCCAGUCUGCUGCCUCUUCUCUCCAGGAACACCUCUGAUAGUUGAGCAUGACUCUGGGGGUUGAUGGUACCACGUUACACACCUUAUUUGACUGUAAAGAUGAAUUAUAGAAAUUGACAUAUUCAUGCUGAAGAGCUGACAUGUGAAUCCACACAGAUGCAAAGCAUUCUAAUAGCUUGAUUGCACUUCUUUUAACAUUGUGUAAAUUGUGGGUAUUCUGAAAAGGGGGGAGGGGGAGCGAAAAGAUUGGACCAAAGAUUUUGUUACAAAGACAGUUUCACCCUAGUUGUAAGUAAUGUCUUUGACACAUCCUCAUCAGACUCUCAAACACGACUCCUGCAUUCGAUCUACAACCGGGUGUCACGAGCACAUCAUUGUCGUCUCUCAAAAGAUGCCCAGUGACGACAAACUCAUCUCUGCGGCUUUGCGUCUUGCUUUGACACCCACCAAACCACAUCUUCAUUAGUGACCUCAAACUCUAGAAUGUGCCUUUUUAGUCUGAUAGACACUGGGGCAUGUUAAAGCUAGAAUCCUUAAGUGAAACAAUAACAAAGUGGUCACUUUGUUUUGGUAAAAAGCUGAGGGAUGGGCCUGGAGAGAUGUAACCACAAAUUCAUAGACCGAGCAUGGAUGCAAAGACUGACUAGUUUACACCAUGUUUUGAGGCUUUACAGUGUUUACGUUUACAUUGGAGUAAAACAAGCUUGUAUUUAGGGUUCUGAUGGGGUAUGACAGUUGAACUAAGUUCAAGAGGCAUUUCUAAGUUAUAUUCUUCAAGAAUCAAUGGGUGUAUAUAUCAUUAAUUAAAAGGUCUAAAAAUGGAUGUAGCAACUAAGGAUUCUAGCUUUAAAUGAAAAUAUCACAUUAUCCAUGCCAUUUUCUACAACAAAUCAGAAAUGGAGUCUGAGGCACCUUCAACAGCAGGCAGAGAGUCAAGAAUUCUGUUAUAGAUUGCCUCUGGUGAAGGAGAUGCUUGUUGUCGCUGCCAUAACUACAAGUCAACCUGCCAGUUGGAAAUGCCAAAGUUGGAGCCAGAGAGAAGGAGGGAGAGCAGAGCUGGGAAAACCUGAGGAACAUUUCUAUUUUAAGACAUGGCUCUAGCCCCUGAUAUCCAGGUUGUUUGGCAGACUGGUAAACACGACCAUAAAAAUCCAAACAUGUUACUCUCUCCAGCACACUGUUGUUAUAUACAGGAUAGUGAAAUGGGUGGCUUAGAUUUAUUCACAGCUGUCAGGUGUUGUAGGAAAAGAAUAGCAAUUCUUAUUUGUAUUAAGAACUGCCUGAUCUCGCUCACAACACUUUUUUAGUCUAUUUUAUAUAUAUAUGGAUUAUGGAACCUGGUAAAUAUUCAACCUUGUAUUAUGAAUUCAGAUCUCUUACCUCCAUUUUUUUUCUCUCUCUACUUUAUUUCAUAGAAAAUUUGCAUUUUCUACUUUUAAUUUACAUCCUGAGCUACUUUUGUAAUGAAAAAAAUGUAGGUUUUGAAAAUUGACAAAGGUGUGUUUUAUACACUAAAGAAUAUGGACAGAAGAAAGUGAGAGAAAGUGAAGAGGCUCUGUUUUGGAGGCUUUCUUAAGGGUCAAGAUGUUCUGAGUAAUGAGGUCUACUGUAAAUGUUACAAGUGCAACAGCAGCUUUAUAAUACUGAUGGUUUGAACCAUAGGUAUUACAGUGGCUGGUACAGAAGGAGGCCGUUCAGUGGAAAGAUUGCUGUGGAUUUCUGUGAUGUGCAGGAGGUAUGUGAGAAGUCAUGAGUUAUACGUUUGAGGUGAUGGAAGUCUAAGGGUUUCAAAGCAUUUGGUUGUUUUGUUUAAGAUGCUUUCUAAUUAUUGAUGUUAAUGUUUCCUAACGGUUGAUUUUGUUCUUGUAAAAUACUUUCCUGUUGUAUAUGUGGCAUCGAGGCACUUCAUAAUUCUCUUUAUAUUUUUGUAUAUUUCCUGUGUCAAUCAUCUUUUUUGUUUGGGAAAAUAAAAAAUUAUUUAAUUGAAUAAAAAUCUUUUAAUUGAAUAAAAGACCAAAUACCAAAACCCAAA